UUUGACAGAGAUCUCAUCUGUGUUGCAAUCUUUUGCAGAGUUUGUCUGUGAACUUUUCAUCGCUCAGCUUUUGUGAAACAAGAAAAGCCGAAAACGAUUGAAAAAUGUUCAAUUUUGGAAAGAAUCCAGAAUCUUCCUCCAAACAGGAAGAAGACAAAGAGGCUGUUUUUGGCAGAGCCUUUUCUCUUCUUAAAGAAGCAACCGAUCUGUUCGAGAAGAAGGAGGAUUUGAUCGACCAGUUGAGACAAUUGCAGAAGAAAAUAGCAGACAUGAAAUGUAUCAACGAUGAUUACCUGUAUCUCAAGAGCCAGAUAUACAUUUAUGGUAAGGUCAACGAACAUUUAAAACGUGAGUUUUAUGUACUGAAAGAAAAACUGGAAGCUCAAGCUACACUGAGGGACAAAUGCAGAACGAAACAGAACGAACUUGACAGCAUAAUCGAAAGCAACGAAGCUUUUGACACAGUAGUUAAGGAGUUAACUUUGAAACUAAAGAAUACCAAAGAACUGAAAGAAGAGUACCGGGCAGUGCAAGACAAGAAACAAACCUUGAAACAAGAAAACAUGUGUUUGGAAAUUCAGAUUUACGAGAUCCAGAGACAAUUAUCAGUACAAAGCCAGCUGGAAAAAGACUGCGCAGAAGCUGAGGAGUAUAACAACAGCUUAGAAAUGACCAACAUGAUUAUGGAGAGACACCUUGCAGGGUUAGAAGACACACUUUGGGAAAAAGAAACUAACUUCAUGACUAGCUACACCGAAAAACUUCAGUCCAAAAUCAUCCAGCUCCAAAAAGAGUUCAAGGCUGAACAGUACUGGUCUGACAAACUGAGGCAUAUCAGAAAUCAUUGGAGCGAGAUUAAACAGAAGAACAUCAAACUUCAGGCGGAACAUGAAAAGCUCAAACGUCAGCUUUGGAAAACUAGGAGGUUCAAGAACAGGAACAGUGAAAUUAAUUCACUCAUUCAGGAAAAAGAAGAAGAAAAUGCCUCUUUAUGCCUGGAAAAUGAGAGGCUCAGAAAGAAACUGCAGUAUAUAGAAAACACAGAGGACAAACUGGAAGAGUCCAGCGACGACGUGCCAGGAGAGUUGGUGUAUCCAACCAUGAUCGAGGAACUCAAGAGUGCUCAUGCCGUUUUCCCCCCACCUGUUCUACCAGAGGAGGAGGCAGAAACUUCCACCAGCCAAGGAGGGCAAGUUACUGACAGCAAGCUACGCCAGUAUCUGCCGCUGUCAGAGACACAACCCCACAGUCUGAGAGAAGAUCCUGGAUUUGUAGUUUCAACAAACGUUGACGCGUCCUCAGCCAUCCACCGUGUGGAUGAUGCAGUAAUCACUGUGGAUCAUGAGUGGCCCAGCACACAUGAAAGUGAAGCACAACUUUCUGAGCAAAAGGAGUUUUGGGGAAACUUGUUACUUUACAACAUGUUUUUUGUCGUACCUGAAACUAUGUACAAUCAUUUUUUUGGCGGAAGACAAGAGCAUUCUCCUCUUACCCCCUAACUCAUAGAAAGCAGAGGUAUUCGUCUUUGGUCAGAGUUUCUGCUGGUGAAAAGCAGGAGGGGAGUUGGCUUAUCAAGUAAUUCACCAUGAACCACUUAGCAACAAGUGGAGGUCUCGCAACACAAAUCUCCUACAAUCAAAGGUAACAACGGAGGUAGUUGGCCAGUGUGCAGUUUUUAAAAAACGCCCUCCUGGAUCGUCACGUUUCAACGAGUCCAUAUGCAACUAGAAAUGCUCAGACCUCUGCACUGGAGGACAAGACGCUACACAACACAGAAGAGCCGACAGCAGGUCAAGGCUCAGCAGUUCGUCUAUAUCUCAUGAACAAAAUACACUUCUCUUAAAGAUUAAAAUGUGCACACUUUGGACAGGGAAGACGUGUUUUGAGAGAGCAAUGUAUGUGUGGUUUUAAGUUUAAUUUAUAUGAAACUUAAAACCACCUGAACAGAUCAUGUGGCAUCAGGUUUCAUCUUUCUGACGCCCACAUAGUUCAA